UGCCCACUCGAAACGCGCCCCUGAAAGAAUACAGAACAAAAAAUCGGCUGCUUCAUACCGUUUCUGCACUUUUCAUAUUUUGCGCUGAAUGCACCCAUGGCUUUUAGCGUGCGUUUAGCUCUAGCGCUAGCGCUUGCUUCUGCGCUUGAAGCCAACGCAGCCGUGAACAAGGCGAAGCCGAAUAAUGGCGCAAAGCUUUGCAAAGAAGAACCAGACAUCAUUGUUGAAAGAAACCUAGCUCUGACGGGCUACCACAGGGACCUGCAAACUGUCAUUCACACGCGAAAUCGACUGAAAGUCAAGGGUCGGCCCCCUACAUUACUGCUCUUGGAAGCCGUACCGUCGGGCGCCUAUGUUGAUGCUCACCAACUGCGGCUUCUCGACGACAGUGAUGCCACGUUCGGACUACGCGGCAAGGUGGAUGUGGAAGAAAUGGCGCAUCAGGCCAGCGGGCACAGCGUCUUCACCUUUUUGCCGUUGAACGAGACCUCCGCGCUGGCGGCCCUGCCUGUCCACAUGCGGUACCACAAGGCACAGAACUGUCUCACUGAUGGGCCCUUUGCCAAAGUGACGCUACCUCCACCGUCCAUCUACUUCAGGCACCCAGACCUAGACUUCCCAGACACGUGCGAAGAUCUUCAUCACCUCCCCUGUGAUGCAGCCAACAUGGAGCGUACAUGCUUGUGGAAGCAACUGAAAGUUGCUAAUUUGAAUGAUCUAUCAGCAGAAGUGCCCGUUGGAUGUCUGGAGGAUGGGUUCCUGGUCUCGACCACUACGCUCGUGACGUACAGCCUUUGUUCCAUAGCCAUUGCAUACUAUGUGUUCAUGCAUGGCAAAAAGCCACGUUCCGACUAACGUCUCGUGCAUCAAGUGCUGCGUUUGUCACCGUUUCAGAGUGAAAGUGACAUUUAGUUUUUUUCCUAGUCACAAUUCUGCAUCUGCAACUUUUUUAAAACAUUACAUUGCCGUACCUCAUAUUCUUCUGUUUUUUACUAUAGUAAUCUAACUUCUUGGGCAACUAAAGUGUUUGCAGUGUGCAACGGUAGUGUUAUACAGUAAACCCUCGUUAACUCAAACUCUGAUAUCUCGGAAUAUCGGUUAAGUUGAAUUUUUUUUCUGGUCGUGGUUUCAACCCAUGUGUUUUUUCACCUGUUAUCUCGAAAAGUUGUGGUGCCAGACUCCAGAUAUCUCGACUUAGAAAAUGGCAGGAAAAAAAUUCACCCACAAUUACGGUACUCCCUAAUGCGAAAUCUGAGCGCAGCUCUAUACAUGUUUUCAUUUUGCGAUAUUGGCUAGCGCAGAAAAUCUUGCCUCAUGCGGCAUGUUGCAAACGGAGAGAGGUGUGAUGCGACUGCCCCGCUAAUCGGGCAGGUCGCAAGAGUCAGUGCAUGAGUGACGCCUAGGGCGCGAUUCACAGCAGCCGCUGCCGACAAACCUCCCAGACGACGCGUGCUACUCUGGCGCCAUCUCGUAGCCAUUGUCACCGCAGAGCCCAUCUUGUGCGGCACUGCGCUUUUCUUCUCACUGCUUUCGCCAUACCCUCUUCCUCUGCUUUCUUCUUCGCGCUCUCUUCGCUAUUGCCGUCUUUCAUCUCACACUGUGCUCCGGGUUCGCUCUUUCAUCCUUCACUGUGCUUGUUCGCUUGGUUACGCCGACGCUCGCCGCAGGAACGAGCGCCGAAGAGCUGCGCUCUAGAAAGGCAACAGGGCAGCGUCGCUUGCACUCACUUUUUUGCCCGGCGGCAUCUCCCCAGCCGAGCCAGGUGCGGGCCACGCUCCUCACUGAUCCUUUCUCCCUUCUUUCUAUCACCGCUCGCAUGCACUUGCGCGGCUGCGCACUGCCACUUUGCUGUGCCUCGCGUGGCAGCGGUGAGCUGGGAGUCAGUCUUCUUUCCCCCCCUCUCAUUUACGAUGCUGUUGGUCACACAUCAGUGACGUAUUAAUCGUGACCUUGCAUAAUGAUCAGCACUUUUCAGCAGGCGCAAUCAGCCCACACGCUGUGCCCUAAAGAAGCCAUCAUAGUGAGCCUACAGCGUUUCAGCGAAAUCGUGACUUGUUAAGGAUGCUGGGUUAUACUCGUGCGACUGUGAGGCGUAAAUGGUCGCAUCACUCGUGGGCGUCUACUAAAGGCGUGGCAACUGUGCUGUUCCAUAGUUCGGUUGUCGGAAUUAAGUUGUCCGGAAUUUUUUGAGAUGCAUAAAGUAGCAGUGCCAGCUUUUUGGAUGCCUGAAAACGGUGAUGCUCGGAUGACUGGCUUCAAUUAUUUCAUUAGGAUCAAUCGUCCCGACUCUGUGCCAAACAUGCAAUCCUGGCACCGUGCCAGUAACGACGUUGCCCGUAGAUGCCAACGCCUCCGGUGCCGAUGCAUGCGGAAGUGACCGAAAAUAUUACUAGCGGCAUUUUGGAAAGGCUCCAUGUGGUCUAUACUCGGUCGGAGGACUUAUCUCGAAUUUUUUCCGGUUUUUACAGCUUCAAGUUAACGGGGCUUUACUGUAUCUUUAAGGACAGGUAACAACACCAACAAGCGACAAAGUGAUUCUGACAGCGCUGCUUGUAUCUGUCGGCCUAUACAGUUGAACCCCGCAAUAAGUUGGAUCCGAAAAAAAUGAUUCUGACAGCACUGCUUGUAUCUGUUGGCCUAUUCAGUUGAACCCCACAAUAAGUUGGAUCCGACACUAAAAUACCUUCCUUAUAUCCAAGAUUUGUUAUAAGCAUAUAUUUGCUGCACACUAAACAUCGGCGAGAAACACUUUUAUUUACUUCGUUUCCUACUUGGCAGGCAACAAUGUGGAAGCUGUGCUAGUAUUGCAGUCAGAAAAGCCUCGCUCCACAUAUUUCGCACUGCAGUCUUUUUUAUCUAUGAUGCUCUCUACGUAAUAACUACUUCAUAUGUAACAUCUACAACUCCUGGACUUUAGGUUACGUAAAAUCACUUACCAUUUGUGCAGCUUACAGUACGCAACAUAUACUAUGUUCUGGUUGCGAGCGCAGGCGGUGCGCUGUGGCCGCUGGCCACAGAAACUAGUCACUCCGUUUGUUUGUUGGUAAAUAGGUUCAGGUCUGCAACGCCUUCUGUGUAAUAAUUACAUUGUAUUGUGCAACGUGAAAGUAAGAGACAAUGUUACAUUCAAUUACAUGACACAUGCCUAUCUCUCUUUCAUAUGGGGCACACUCUUUCUUUUCGUCGCAUAGCGUGCUAUGUUUGAAACAGAGUACAUACAGUGCUUUGAUGAUGACGAUGCUUCUCCACUAUGGCACGUACCCAUAAAGAAAACAUGAACGCUACAUAAUUGGGUUGUCAGAUUAACUAAACAAAAUUAUAUAAAGGUAUUCCAAGAAUGAGGAAUAAAAGACAUUUCUGUCUAUACAGAAGCAUUAGGCUGCUUGUAUCUUACCCAUUGUUUUGCCAUGGACAAUAGACAGUGGAACCUCGUUGAUACGACUCUGUGCAAUACAUUUUUCGGGAUACAUAUUUAUUUCCCCCAGAUAAUACGAUUUGGUUGGAUAAUACGUGAGAUGAUACGAUUUUCGAAUGAUACGCUUUAUUUCCCGGUUCCCGUGAAGAUCGAAUCAACGAGAUUGCACUGUAUUUGUCACAGUAGCUCAAGAGUAACUUUUUGGAAACACUGUGCAACCAACCAGACACACGGUACUGGAUAUUCCGAGGAAAUCUCGGGUUGGUAGAGCAAACACCACAGCAGUGAGCCACUUACUCGCUUCUCGUUCUUGCUCGAUAUAAUUUAUUUUUUGUUGUUUUUCAUACAAAUAACAUGUUUACAAUGUUACACAUCUCGCAACGUAGUAGCAGAGUCGCCUUUUUUGUCAUCUUUAUUUUAACCAUUUUUGCAACAUGUACGUUCGUACACUCCCAUGUGUGACGCAUCAUAUGUUCCCCCCUCUUACCCAUUCGAGUGCAGAAAUGGUUAAAAA